GCACCCGCAGGGGCUGCGGCCGGCAGGGCGGGGCGCGCGGCGCGAGGUGAGGCCCCGCGUGCUGGACGCCGGGGGAGCGCUUUCCUAGGAGCCAUCACCCAGCCGUCACCAGGACUUGCUUUGCGCCCGGAGGCCAGACAGCCAGAGCCCCGACGGCCCGUGGGCCCGAAGAGUAGUAGGACUCAGGCGGCUCGCGGGGCCGGGCCAUGGCGCUCGACUUCCUGGCUGGAUGCGCUGGAGGUGUGGCAGGUGUGCUUGUGGGACACCCUUUUGACACAGUCAAGCUGUGUCCAGCCAAUAAGAGCCAUGGAUUCACUUCCUCAACCUGGCAUUGUGGCAGCGGCCGACUUGACAGGUACUAGAUUCUGAAGCAGGCCCCUCAGGCAAGAAAGCACUUUUGUCCUGGUAGCCCAGCUCCUCUGAGCUGCUGAGCCCAUGAGUACCCUUCUGCAGUUAUUCAGCCACAGGAAUCACUCCCUUGCCCAUGGAUACCUGGAAAGUGAUCUUUCAGAAAAUUAAUUUGUAUACAUUCCAACCCCUAACUAUGGUUGGGCCAUUGGCAUUCAAGCAAACUGGCCAUUAAACAAGCUGUUUGUUUUUUAGUGUGUAUGGGUAUUUUGUAUGUAUGUGUGUAUGUGCACCAUGUGUGUGCCUGAUGCCCACAGAGGCCAGGAGAGGGCAUUGGAUCCCCUGGAACUGGAGUCACAGAAGAUUUGAGCCACAGAGUGGGCAUCUAGAAUUGAUCCUGGAUCCUCUCAAAGAGCAACCAGUGCUUAAUCACUGAGCUGCCUCGCCAGCCCUUUGCACAUGCUAGGUAAACUAGUGCAGCUCUACCACUGAGCUACACUAACCCUAGCCCAUGACUGACCCUUUCUGAGUCAGGCCAAGGGAGCUCCCUAGCUCUUGAGACCACGAUGUGACCUAGUUUCCCCCACAACAGUAACAUGGAUUCCAAGUUCAGGAUAUGCCCCUCUCCUCAUGCCACCAUGAAGCCAGUGUAUCAGGAGCAGAUAAGCUCUCAGGCAACAAAGAGUGCUUUGACCUGGAAGAGGUUCUGGGCCACUGGGCCUGGCAGUGGUCCCAGGUCCUGGAGUUAUUGCCAUGGGUACCUAGGGAGGCUGUCAGCUGGCUGUCACCGCUCAUGACUCCUGGUCAUGGUUGUCAAAGGGGCUACUAGCAGAAACCAAGCAGGAGCAGAACGGAGGCCCAGUACCCCACCCUGAUGGAGGUGCGGCUGCAGGUACAGAACAUGGAGAAGCCCCAGUACCGAGGGACUCUGCACUGCUUCCAGGCCAUCAUCAAGCAGGAGAGUGUGCUGGGCCUGUAUAAAGGCCUGGGCUCACCACUAAUGGGGCUCACCUUUAUCAAUGCCCUGGUGUUUGGGGUGCAAGGCAACACCCUUAGGGCCCUGGGUCAAGACUCCCCACUCAAUCAGUUCCUGGCUGGCGCAGCAGCCGGUGCCAUUCAGUGUGUCAUCUGCUGCCCCAUGGAACUGGCCAAGACAAGGCUGCAGCUGCAGGAUGUGGGCCCUGCUCGAACCUACAAGGGCUCCCUGGACUGCCUGGUACAGAUUUACCGGCACGAGGGCCUGCGUGGCAUCAACCGAGGCAUGGUGUCCACCCUUCUGCGCGAGACGCCUAGCUUUGGUGUCUACUUCCUCACCUACGACGUACUGACGCGCGCCAUGGGCUGCGAGCCGGAUGACCGCCUGCUGGUGCCCAAGCUGCUGCUGGCGGGGGGCACGUCAGGCAUCACGUCCUGGCUCUCCACCUAUCCUAUGGACGUGGUUAAGUCACGACUGCAAGCCGAUGGGCUGCGAGGAGCCCCUCGCUACCACGGCAUUGUCGACUGCAUGCGGCAAAGCUACCAGGCUGAGGGCUGGCGAGUCUUCACACGAGGGCUGGCCUCCACGCUGUUGCGUGCUUUCCCAGUCAAUGCUGCCACCUUUGCCACAGUCACUGUGGUGCUUACAUAUACCCGGGGUGCGGAGGCCCAGCUAGACAGUGAGGCAGUUCCGGGCACCCCUGCCACCGCUGCCGGACCUGCUCUGGCCCAGCCUUCCAGUCUGUGAUGCUGGUUAUCUCACCAACAUCCCCAGGGCCACGUUGCUGAAACUUGACACAGAUAAUGUGGCUCCUCAGCCAGUCUCCUUGCUCCUUGGCUGGUGAUACCAGCUAGGCUAUACCCCACUGACCUCCUAUUUUCUUAGCUGUAAAAUGGGGACUCUUCCUCAUACAUGGUACAUUCGGGAAGGUCAAGCCUGGCUAAGUCUACACUCUGCAGACAGCACUACCAAGAAGAAUCUCCCAAGUCCUACACUCCAGGCUCUCUCCUGAGCCAACUGUAACAAGCUGGCCAAGGACCCACCCAUUCCCCAACUCCUCCAUCCAUACAGUCCCAAGAAGAUACUUGGCCACCUCUUAACAUUAGGGGGGCAGAGGACAGUGUAGAGUGUCCCUGGCGAUUCUCAGUUGCUGCCCUUCAACUGCAGAUGGGGGCUGGGGACCUGGCACCAAACCUGUUGAGGAUCCUGCCCAUUCGGGUCCUGCAUGGGGAGCAGAUAGGCUGCUGGCCUCAGUGUCUCCACAGUGAAAUUAUGUGACAGCUGUGGCAAGAGGAAGUCUUCUCAUCCCUGGGCCUCUCGCUACCUGUCUGCAAAAUGGGGAGCAGGGUCAGCCCAUGUCUGGCUCACUACUGCCAGCCAGGAUUCCCAAUGGUGGGUAGGCAGGGUGGGCAGAGGGCCCAAGAGAGCAAGCACAGUGUGGGAUUGCUCCACUUCCCAGUAGAUCUUUUCUGGGCAUUCUUACUUGGUGCCUGUGCCCCUGGUCUUGACACCAGGUAGAGUGUUACCAGUUUGGGUCCGCCCAGGCAGGGGACUGUGCCCUCCAGCUGGAUGUCACCGUUGUACAGGACCCUCUAAAGGAAUAAAGUCUUGUUUUCUAAGCGUG